CUUCAGUACUGAGGAUGAACUAGAAUAUUAUUUCUUAAACAGACAGUUCCAAGAUAAUGUCACGGUUGUGGCAGGGCUGGUUUUCGAGAACUUAAAUGAUCACAUGUACACACUGCCGUCACAUGUACACUAUAAGAUCAGACAAAACGCAACAUUAAAUCCGGAAACCAACAUAAUUAGACCACCAUUCUGGUACCCGAGCCCCGGUUCAAAUAAUUUACUCUACUAUGACUUUGGUUUUGUGUGGAUACAGGACCUGGUAGAGAGAGCAAUUAUUGAGAUACAGGUUGGAAAGCCGGUAACCAGUCCAGGAACUUUUCUACACAGAAUGCCAUAUCUGUGUUGGCUGUGGGAUGCGUGAGUUGUCUCCCUUGAUACUCUGUUAAAUAAGCAAUGGUUCACUGCCUGCCCGUCUGCCGAUGGAGCUUUAGAGAAAUUUCACAGAACUAUAUUUCAAAAUUGAUGAUGUGACAUCAUGAUGUGAUGACGUCAUAAAGGAGAAUGCAAGACGUUACACGGCAAAAUCAGUAAAAAAUACUUAAAAUCACUUAAAAAGCAUGAAAUAAAGAGAAAAUUUAUUUGUUUUAUAUAUAAGAUUUAAAAAUAUUUCCUUUGUGAACACCAGCUAUUCUAUUUUCACUCGUGGCUAUGCCACUCGUGUAAAUAUUGCAUCUGGUGUUCACUCAGUGAAAUAUAUCUCAAUCUUACAUGCAAAACAAAUAUCCUCUAUAUGACAUUAAAUGUUUGAUUUCAGAUUUAUCUGAAGAAUACAACAUAUUAUACUGCUAUGUUUAAUGUUGUCAUGGGUUUAUUCAGUCGCUAUGCUCGUACAGAAAAUGUCUAUGAAAAGGAGAAAAGAUUAAGAGGUUUGAAAAUUUUUGUUAACAUAUUGUACCUCUUAUAUUUUGCAUUUCUUUUGUCUUCAAAUGACUUUUUUUGCU